GCGUCUGGUGACACGGCCAGUUGUUCAAGUACGCAGAAGUUGACAUCAGUCGGCAAGAAGAACAAGAAGACCAUGAGGAACCUUGCACAAAAGAGCAAACACAUGCAACAGGUGUUCAGCUGUUUUGGAACAAGAAGAUACCGAUGCCAUUACGAUGAAAUUGAUGACCUUGCAAGAUUUGAACGGCACCACAAUGUUGACAAAUACAAGAUGGUCUCAGAGCAGACAAUGCCGCCAACCAAUGUUAACCAAAUGUCUACGACGGCCCUCGAGGACAACAUGGCAUUUGCAUAUCAGCAGCAAAAUGGAAACAGAACAGAUGAGGAAUCUCCUGAACAAACUUCACUUCUUUCAGUUCCCGAAGAAGAGACAACAGAUGUUGUUGAAGAAGUAUCACUUGAUCUUCCGCCAAAGGAAUAUGAUCAAAGAAAAGCAUCAACUACAUCAGGAAUGAGCACUUCAUCACUGUCUGAACUUAUUGGGCGUUUCUUUCAUAAGGGUGGCAGGCUCAAGAGUGAAAGGAAUCCCACUUUGCCUGAUCCAAAUCUGCCUGGGACUAGUGGUGAGUCUUAUAAAGAUCGCAUCAAAGAGGCGAGGGAAUUGAGGAAACAAAACGUGAAUGGCAAACAAAAUCGACGACGUUCAUCGCUUGCAAAUUACCGGUCUUGGUGGUCUUACCUAAGAACCAGGCUGCCUGAAAUAGCAGCAUUAAACAAUGAGCAGAACCAGAAACAGAGUGAAAAAAUGACAAUGAAACAGAUGUAUGAGAGACGGACUUCUUUGUUUAGCCACGAUAAAUCAAAAUCGAAAAAUGAAUUUUUCAGACGAUUCUCUCUAAACACCCCUUCCACAGAAAAAGAGCGGCAUGAGGUGGCAUCAACAAGCUCAACAAUGAACAUUCAUCAAAUAGUUGGCAGCUUUAAAGAGAGGUUCCAUUCACAUGACAAUCCUUUGCAUUCCAGGGCAAAACAAAGGGAAAGACAAAGAAAGAGGAAAUGCAGGGAGCACAACAAACGAAAAAUGUACACCAACAAUUCACAGGUAACUCGCUCCAGGUCACCUUCGUUUACUGUACCUCAAAAGUCUUCCAAACAUUCUCACAAAAGUAAGAAACGAAACCCUGCCUUCGCCAGUAUUGAUCAGGAAGCAGCUUAUGUCAGUCUUAUAACACGACGCCGGACACUGGAACAAAUGCGCAGGAGAUAUAUGCACGAUGUAGCAAUGAGGAAGGAAACGGGGGGAUUUGAUAGUGACCCUCAGAUCCCUGCAGAUGUUGAACUAUGAUAAAUAUUGUCUCAAGUAUAUAGUUAGUGGGUGCUACUGAGUCAGAACCCCUACAAAGAAAGGAGCUAGGACAUAUAGUCGAGUUCGAUACAAAUAUCAGACUACACAUAGCAAGGAUAUCCACAAUAUAAUUAUAUAAUGAUAUUGAAUAUUUAAUAGUAACAUGCUGGAGAUAUCUAGAGUGUAGAAAACAACUUGUUAAGGAUAUCGUAGAAGUGGGGGAGAGAAUUUAAUAAUAUGAUGGUGAUAUCAACUACAGAAUGCUAUGAGAACACCCUACAAUGCUGAUAUAAUAUGUAAUUCCACAACAAUAACAUCAUCAACAACAUCAGCAACAACAACAACAUCGGUAUUGUAGAAAGAGAUGGGUAAUAUGAAAUGUCAUAAAUUUAUUAUGAUAUCUGAAGUAUGAUAAUGUUAGAUCCAGGAUGUUAGAUUAAGAUUGAAACAGAUAACGUUAUGGUGAGAUCCAGCAUAUAGAAACAAGAUGAUGUAUCACAGAGUAUGUUAAUUCGGUAAUAUCAUAUCCAGAAUGGUGCAGAUUUAUUGAAAAUAGUGGUAAAAUAGUGGAAAAAGAUGGUGGUAUUGAGACUAGGGCUGAAUUGUGGUGAUAUCCAAAAUGUAAUACAAAUACAAGAAAGAUAUCCUUGAUUGUAUGGUAUUCAUGUAAAAUGAGUUUCCUGUUAAUAUCCAUAAUUUAGCACUAUACUGGGGAUAUGUUGUAAAUUUUGUUACAGGGUGGUUAUAAUGAUAAUAGUAUUAAUAAUAAUAAUAUUAUUUCUACUCUAGGCACAAGGCCUUGAAAAUUUGGGAGGAAGGGGGCUAGUCGAUUAUGUUGACUUAGUGUGUAACUGGUACUUAUUUCAUCGACCCUGAAAGGAUGAAAGGCAAAGUUGAUGUCAGUGGCAUUUGAACUCAAAACAGAAGGACAGACAAAAUACCACUAGACAUUUUGCCAGCAUGCUAACGACUCUCCCAGCUUGCUGCCUUUAAAUAAUAAUAAUAAUAAUCCUUUCAACUAUAGGCACAAGGCCUGAAAUUUAGUGGGGAGAGAGUGAGUUGAUUACAUCGACCCCAGUAUUUGACCAGUACUUAAUUUAUUGACCCCGAAGAGAUGAAGGGCAAAGUCAACCUCGGCGGAAUUUGAACUCAGAAUGUAGUAGCAGAUGAAAUACUGCUAAGCAUUUCGCCCGGUGUGUUAACGAUUCUGCCAGCUCGCCGCCUUAAUAAUAAUUAUAAUAAUAAUAAUCCUUUCUACUAAAGACACAAG